UGGGGAUCGUAACUGGCAAGAUGAUAUGGCAUGUCUAGCCGCUGGAUCUAGUCUGGGUUCGUUGCAGUUCCCACCGGGGUCAGGUCGGUCGGUCGCUCAGCUGAAAUCGUGCUCAUGAUCGACACGCUCCGGGUGCCUUAAGUCUAGUAGAAUUCGCGCUACGAACGAAUCGGUGUGUGCACGUUCAGCCUUAGUGUAAUAGGACGCGACCGUCAAACGUUAGUGCGAUAGAAUGGACGGGUUUAUCACUUCCGGAUGCUAAAAACGGAACAUCUUUAAUCGAAGAUAUGAUGCUAACGAUGUGCAGUGACUUUACAGUCGUGUGGAAUUGCGAUAGUCGAUCAUCAGUGCGGAAGCGAACAACGUGCGCAGGCUAAGGAAUCGAAUGUUUCUAGACGCUGCCGGAACGAUGACCACAUCUCUAUCGGUGUUGUGUUUAAUUACGUGUGCGAGUGUAACGUUCCUGGUGGGCCCGAAAGUGUAUGCCGCCGUGGUACGGCAGUACACCUGCGACAGUUACUUCCAAUCCUGGUGCCAGCUUCACAAUGCCACAGUGCAUAUGGAUACCGAUGUGCAGGCGAGCGUAUUCCCCCGAGUCCGUCAGCUGGGCUUCAUCUACGGUUCGAUCGGUAACUUUUCGCACACCUUCAAUAAUCAACUGUUCAAAGCGGGAGUUUUGCGGGUGUUUGCACGAGGAACUCGAAUCACAAACCUCACCAUGCCCAACACCAUCGAGCAGCUAUACCUUCGGGACAAUGGUUUGCAAGCGAUAGAGAUAGAACCAAGGACACGCUACACGCUGCGAUAUCUACGCCUGCAGAUGAAUAAACUACGUACGAUCGCACGGUUCGAACAUCUUACCCAGCUGCUCGAGCUAAAUCUGUGUGACAAUCUGAUCGAAGAUAUAGCGCUGGAUACGUUUGCAACCAUGCCUAACCUGCGGCAGCUAAUACUGUGCGGGAACCAUAUAAAGACAUUCGGAUCCUCGACGGCUGUCGUUCUGCUGCCAUCACUGACCCACCUAGAUCUUGGCGGUAAUUUCCUCACAAAGCUUCCCCUUGAACGGUGGCAGUUGCCACAGCUGAUUAACCUGAGCGUGCGCGACAAUCUGCUUACCGUGCUGGACAGUGGCCUGCUCGUGCGCCGAUUCCCUUUGCUACGAAUUCUGGACGCUUCAGCGAAUGCACUCGAUUGCCACUCGUACCACGAGGCACUGCAAACGUUCGUCAAUCGUUCCGUAGUGCAUCUGAUCGAUCGGCGCAUGUGCAGUGUGGACGAUGCGAUCGUACUGGAUGUGGAGGAAAUGCGACGCAUCAACGGCAUCACACCGGACGAUAGAACCGCCAUAAUGGAGGUACGACAUCUCAAGGAACGCAUCUUCUUGCAGCAGCGAACCAUUCAGCAGCAGCGGAUGGAAAUCGAGCAGCUGCGCGCCAACCUGACAACGCUGAUGGAGCAGUUCGAUCUGGUCGCUGGACCGGCAAGGGCAGUUGAUCCAUUUUAAUCAUACUCGGUGACCAUGGAUGCCCUUUCCUUGCGAUGACACUUCUUUAUUCGUUUUUAAAUAUUUCACACGUAAAAGAAUGCAGCUAGAGAUAUUGUACCACACGUCACACAAAGACGCAGUGAGAAUUUGCUAAGGUGCGCUCUUAAUCACUACCACCUUCAAAAUCUUUAUGUCGCUGUAGUGUUGAACGUUCGUCCAAUGUACUGUUCUGCAGAGUACGAAUUCCAAACGGACGUAUCCACCUCGCUUAAAUUUGAAGCCAUUACCCUUCAAAUGUGUCUCUAUAAUUUACACAAGCAAUCGUCCCAAUACCCCAAACGUACGUAACCUCAAAGUAAUACUCUUCUGCUAGUAAAAUAAUUCCACGCAAGAUGGCGCGCACAGUCGAGUCGACAUAAAGACAGCAGCGCUUUAGCUUUGAGUGUGAAAAA